AUGGUAAGAAAUUCUGAAAUUCGCUUAUUCAUUAAACCACAUGCUAGUGCUUUUGAUGUCAUAAAGUAGGAAAUACUAUUAUACUUUAUACUAAGUAAAUUUGCCUUGUUUGUAAGUUGUGACAUCAGACCUCUCUUUGAUAAAUGACCUGAAAAAGUAUAUUAUUUAACAGGUUAAAAAAGUUCGCGGGGGGCGGGGGGAGGGGCAUGAACUUAUAAACGUUAUUAUUUUUCCAGGCCUGGGAGCUGAUGGGACAAGUUUGGAACAUAAAUAGCCAUAUAGAAUGUUUAUCGUUGUUUAUCGACGAGUUCUGACGUAGUUCGUAUAAAAUACCUACUGUACCGAACUUGUGGGGUACACUCUAAACUCACGAACUCACAAAUUGUACUCGACAAAUCCUUGUUUUUAUUCUCCUCAUGGUUUUCCAACGCGUCUCUAAUAUUUGUUCUAUCUCUCACACACACAAACCUAUUGUCCUAUCUCAAACGUCUCCGGUUGCAAAACUCGUGAUCCUAGCCUAAACGUGCUUACGCAACUUCCGUUCACACUCCCCUAAAAAUUAAAAGUGUCACUUAAUUUUUACCGAAACCGUGUUCAAAGUUAAAUGUCUAAUUGAACUAGAACGAGUUCAGUCAUCGUCAUCAUCCGCAGUGAUCAGUCGUAUUUUCUCCUUUGCGGUCUCAGCGGCUUGCCUUCUAAUCCUGAAACGCUCUGUCUGUUGACUUCCAGGCGUCAGCUGCAAGGGUGCGUCCUCAGUUGCGACCGGCCCUUUAAUCUCCAGUGGGCAGACCAAAGUUAAUGGUCUCUCAAUGUGAUGGCCCUUGUGCAGCAAAAUUACUCCUCUGAUGACCCCAUCUCUCCCUCGAACAUGACGCAUUACUCUUCCUUUCUUCCACUUCGCUCGGUUUUUCUCAUCGCCAACGACUAGCACGAUUUCUCCAAUGUCCGGUACUAGGGCGGUCUUCCUGUUAACUCGAUGGCUCUCCAACAAACUGCGUAUGUAUUCAUGCUUCCAUCUUUUCCACGCAUGCUGUUUGGCUUCCUUCAGUCGCUUGUGAAGUUUGCUCACUUCGUCUCCGUCUUCUUCUAUUUCCUCUAUCUCGUGUGCGUUCUGCCCCCACAUCAGCACAUUCGGGGUCAAAACUUGUUCCUCCCCUCCCUCACUUUCGACGUAUGUCAAGGGGCGGUUGUUCAUUUGCCUCUCUAUGUCGACUAUCACCGUUUCGAGUUGCUCGAAGCUUAGUGUUGUCCUGCGUAACGUCUUGUAAAGAGUCUUCUUUAGGUCUUUGAUAACCCGCUCAUACAUUCCACCCCACCAUGGGGAUCUGGAAAGGUUGAAUUGCCAUCUGAUAUCUUCUCUCGCAAGAUGGUCUUGUAGCCUCUCGCUUUUCCGUAUCUUCUUUAUCCAGCUUGCGGUAGCCUUGAAUACCGAGGCGUUGUCUGAAAUGAUGAGACGAGGUCUGGUUUUCCUAUCAAUGAACGAGUUCAGCUUCCUCUGAAACUCCUCCGCCGUCUGUGAUUUCGUUACUUCCAAGUGUACCGCUCUUGACGUGGCGCAAGUGAAGAUCAAGACGUAACAUUUGCCUCGCUCCUUCUUGGUGACUUUGUAGUUAAGUGGGCCAGCGAAAUCUACUCCAGUUGUUUCAAACGGCCGCCCUUCCUCCGCCCGAAACCUCGGCAUUGCAGCUGUCGUUGUGGAUCCAUAGGGCUUUGUGCUGAAUACUUUGCAAGUGUUACAUCGAUUGAUCACCUUUUUGACCUUGGACCUCAGCCUUGGGAUCCACCACUCGUUCCGUAUGUUCGCCAUUGUGUUUGCAACUCCCAGGUGCAUUAUCUGCUCAUGCGUAUGAGCGAUAAGUUUCUCGCCAAACAGCCCCCCUUCGAUGUAUAUAGGGUUGUAACCGGAAAUCCUUCCACUACACCUCAGGAUGCUGGUGUCGUCCUUGACUAGCUCCCAGCCAGGUGUUCGUAAAUUUGGAGAGGUACUGCUUUGGACCUUCUUGAUCCAACGUUUCUUUGCGUUUCUUAUCUCCUCCGGUGUCAACGGCCCCGUCAGCUUCGUUGCUCUCUGUCGUCUCGCCAAGGAAUUUUUCAGGAACCUCAGUGCCCAGGCCGUUACUCGCAGAGUCUUCCAAUACUUGUGUCUCUCUAACAGUGCCUCCCACUCGUCGGGCUUGUGCUCUUUAGUGUAGAGGUUUUCUUCCUUGAUAGGUUUGUGUUCAUCGUUGACGUCUUUCGUGCAUUCAAAAUCUGGCUGAUCCGGCCACUGCUUCUCGUCUAAUAACCAUUCAGGACCUGUAAACCACCCUCCGGUCUCCAUCUUGUGAACUCCAGCUCCUCUGCUUCCCAGGUCUGCCAAAUUCUUCUCUGUUGGACAAUACUUCCAGCUGAUCCCUGUCUCGCCGGUAAUUUCCGCCAUCUUCUUGACUCGGUUUGAUACGAAAACUUUCCAAGGUUUCCCCGGAUUUCUGAUCCAAUACAGGGCGACCAUACUGUCCAUCCACACGGUUGUGGAAACGAUGGGCCAUCGUUUAAGUGCUUUGUGCAGGUUUCUGACCAUGUUCGCUGCCAUCUGUCCGCUCACCAACUCUAGUCUCGCGAUGGAUGUGUUUCGCUUUGAGACUCUCGAUUUUGAUGUCAGUAGACCUUUCACCACUCCUGUCUCACCUUCGACCACAGCUAUGGUUACUGCGGAACAUGCAAUGUUGCUAGCGUCUGCAAACACGUGAAGAUGUACGGCUUGUAUCCGACCUACUCCUCUCGUUACACUUCUUGGAAUUCUCACAGGUUUUAGUUGACUAGACCAUUUGAUCCAAUCUCUCUUUAGCUGGUCUGAAACGUCCGCGUUCCACCCCUUUGUCUCAUCGCAUGCGUCUCUGUAGAUCUGCUUCCCCUUCACAGUUGUAGGUGAAAUCAUCCCUAGCGGAUCGUAAAUACUUGCAAGGUGGCUCAGUAUUCCUCUCUUUGUCAACAGCUGGUUAUCAGACGGAUCUGGUACUUGGACCUCCAACGUGUCAUCUCUUUUGUCCCAUGUUAUCCCGAGGAUCUUGCUAGGGUUUGUUGAAUCUUCACUUUCCAGGGUCUCAACGUCUGAUUCCCAUUUAUGGACGGGAAACUUUGCACUCUCCAGGAUGCUGGUUGCUUCUCUUUGGAAUUUUUUCAGUUCCUGCUCUUCUUCCCCGGUCUUCAUCAAAUUGUCCACGUAUGUGUUCUCCUUCAAGGCCUGGACGGUUUCUUGAAAUUCUUCGCCUUGCUGAUCGUAAUGGUAGUUUAGGGUAGCACCUAACAGAAAUGGACUUGACUCUCCCCCAAAUGGGACUCUGGUGAACCUCAGGUGUUGUUCUUUACCAUUUAUGUUAAACAGGAACCGGAAUGCGUCCCGAUCCUCUUCUCUGACACCAAUCUGCAAGAACGCCUUUUGGAUAUCCGCUAGAACAAGAUGGGUGGACAUGCGUGCUCUGAUCAAGAUGUCCCACAGUAAGGGCUGAAGUGGCGGACCCGUGUACAUACACUCGUUUAUGCUGUUGGCCAGUAGGUGUGGUUUCGCGCUUGCGUCAAAGACCAUUCUCACUUUGGUUGUACUCGCGCUCUCCCUAACGACCGGUUUGUGAGGCAUGUAGAAAGUGCGGUCUCCGGUCGGCGUUUUGGGCGCAACCUCCACUAUUCCUUCCUCUAGCUGCUCUCUCACGAUUUUCUCAUACUCUUCCCUCAACUUUGGGUUUUGGCUCAACUUCCUCUCAACCCUGAUUAGGCGUCUCCUGCUUGGCUGUUCGUUCGUACUAGACAAGGAACUACCUGGAAUCCAAGGCACGCUCACUUUGUAUCGGCCGUCUACUCCCCUUUUGACGCUCUCCUUGAAACUACUGAGCACGUCCGACUGAUCAUCCUCUCCUCUAUCCUCUACCCCCAACACGUCUAAGGUGUAGAGCUUCUCGUAGUCGCUUGCCUCUUUGACGUACAUACACUUGUUGUCUGUGUACUCCACGCCUCCAUGGAUGACCCAUCCAAACGUCGUGCCCUCUACUAUUGGGUCCUCAGGGCGCCCCUUGAAUGUUUGAUCGGUCCUUAUUUUGCAGUAGGUUCUGUCACCCAAGAUCACGUGAAUAGGAUACUCUUCACUUGCUGUCACGUAAAACUGUUUGUCUCGGGCAUGUUCGUAUCUUGUCUUUAACUCCUUAACAGUCGGUCUCUUCACGGUUGUGAAAUCCGCCAUCUUACUCCCAGUGAUUUCUACCCGCUCACUCGUUCUAUGAUCUAAAGAAUCAAGUCUCACUUCAAAUAUGGGCAGGGACUGUUUCUGGAUGCCGUUGAUAGUGACGAAUUGGCGUGACUCAUGGCGCGUAGGCUUCAAAUUUAGCUUCUCAAUUGCUUCUCUUGAUAUGAAAUUCCUCCCCGAGCCUGUAUCCAAGUAAGCCCACAAGGUGAUUCCUUGAAUCUUCAGCGGAAUGAUGGCUGGUAACGAUCGAUCUUCUGAGCCCGGGUUAUAUGCUGUGAACACCGUGCCGUCACUCGCUCCGUUCACCAAGUGUCUGUCACACAGGCUUGUGUGGUGUCUUGACUUACACUUGAAACAAGGGCGACUUCGGCAGUAACUCGCCCCAUGACCCUCACGUCCACAGUUGUAACACAGCCUCCUUUCGUGAAAGAAAUUUCUUCUUUUUUCUAUGGUGUCGAAGACUCCACAGGCUUCCCCCCAGUGGUCACCUUGACAGUAUAGGCAAGAAGGGGCUUUGGGUUCGCGGCCGGCGUCCCUCUUUCCCCUUGUAUACCAGUGCCGUUCCCUUUUUCGCGAGUCCCCUGCGUCAGUCGACGAGUCAUCCACCUUGUUCCUUUUGAGCCACUUUUGCAGGUUUUCAAUUAAUUCCUUCAUGCUCCAUUCCUCCCAGUGAUCGUCAACUCUAACAAGAUCGGGUUUAACUUGUGGUAAUUUCUUCAGCGUCGUCAUCACGAAUCCUCUCAACAUGUCAGCCUCCCCCAGGGUUUGCAAGGCGUCGUAAUUUUUGCUUAGCGCUUCAUAGAACUCUCUUACUUUCUCGAAGCUGCUCCCUUUUACUGGUGUCAAGUUUAUGAUUUCGUCCAUGUGGGCGUUCACAACAAGCUUAGUUUGCCCGUAUUCCUUUUGUAAUCUCUCCCAUGCAGUUUUGUACCCCAAGGUACCUGGUUUAAGGUUAGAAAUUUUCUCCCUUACCUUGGGUACGACCAUCUCUAAUAAGUAGCCAAAUUUCUCUUCGUCUGGAACUGGUCGACUGUGGACUUGCGUGACGAACAUAUUUUCAAAUCGGACCCAAUCCGAUGAUGUGCCCUUGAAAGGUGUAAUUCUCAACUUAGGAAGCUUUGCGUGAGUAGCCUUCGCGGCAGUUUCCAUCUCCAACUUUUGCUCUGCCACACGCAACUCGGCUCUGAACUUCUCCUCCCAGAAUUCCUUUUCUUGUUGUUGUCGUUCUCGCGUGACGCGCUCCUCACGCUCCCGUUUGGCCUCCCAAUUCUGCUUCUCGAUUUCCUCUUCCCUUUGUCUUUGUUUAGUUGACAAUAAUUCGGAAAUUUUGUCUCUUUCCUGCACAAAGGGAGCAAACUCGUUCUUCUUGUCCUUCUUCCACUGUCGAACGUCUCGCGCCGAAGCUCCAAAGUCCAGCUUCAAGCCUUCCAGUUGUGAAAUAAGAUCCGUAAUUUUACUGAUUAUUUGAGUCCCUUGUUUUACGGCGAUCUCCAUCUCUAAGUAAUCGUUAUUUUCAAUAAGCUCGUCGGCUGGCUCCAUGUAGUAUUUCAACUUUGUUACCUCCUUAUCGAUGUCUCUUUCUAGGCGCUCCAGCGCUUCUGAAAGCUGCUCCUUUUCUGCCAUGAAAUUGCUUUACUGCACCGACCACGCGGUUAGUCUAAAUCUCUCAAAUCCUGUAUCGUUGUCUCCGCCGUUUCCUUGAUCCUGGUCUCGGCACCACAAAUGUACCGAACUUGUGGGGUACACUCUAAACUCACGAACUCACAAAUUGUACUCGACAAAUCCUUGUUUUUAUUCUCCUCAUGGUUUUCCAACGCGUCUCUAAUAUUUGUUCUAUCUCUCACACACACAAACCUAUUGUCCUAUCUCAAACGUCUCCGGUUGCAAAACUCGUGAUCCUAGCCUAAACGUGCUUACGCAACUUCCGUUCACCACGAACAAUAAUUUGAAAACAUUUGCUUAACAUUAGGUACAGUGGAACCCCGUUAAUACGGUCACCAGUAGGCCAAAAAAAUUUGGUCUUAUUAACGGGUGACGGUAUUAAUGAGGUAGCCGUUAGCUAGGGUUUCACUGUACUAGGAAUUUAAAAAGGUUUUUGCAUUUAAUUCAAGGCUGUGUUAAACUAUGUUCUUGACUUUGUUCUAUUUGGGAAUAUCUAGCAAUAUAAUUUUGGUCUUUCCAGCUUACGAUUUUUCCCUUACAAUAUUUAUUGUUUUUUUUUUCAGGCCUGCAUGGUGGAAAAUGAGAAUGAACAUGGUAAAGAAACGAUAACAUUCCUGUAUAAGUUCGUCAAGGGCGCAUGUCCCAAAAGUUAUGGUUUCAAUGCUGCUGGAUUGGCUGGCAUUCCUGAUGAGGUGAGUUGACAAUUCCUUACAUUUGUCAUCCAAUAUUUUCCUAAGAAAAACGUACCGAGUGCAUUUGUUGAGUUUCUUUUUAUACGUUUCUAAGUAAAAGUAUUGCACUCUUUCUGACCAAUCAUAGUGCGCCCAUUUAUUAAACAUGUUAUAAUAUUUUUUUUUUUUAGGUGACUUCGGUGGCUAUUAAGAAAGCCCGACAAUUUGAAGAAAGCGUGGAACGUGUUAAGUUGUUCAGGUAAAGGAACCCUUCAGCCUAACCGCACCAAAAGAAAGAACCUCUAAACAGGCCACUUCCGAGUUUCACCAAAGCCUCUGUUUCAAAGCGAGGCUAAGAGCGAAACCAUUGAAAUGAAACUGACUGUUUAUUCUUAUGCAAAUAUAACUCAUUUUCGCCAGAAAGGUUUUGAAUUUAGCCUCGUUUUGAACGUGAGAGUUUGCCCACCUCCCCCCUCCCCUUAACUAAAAUUAACACUUACUUCUCAGUUACGGCAAAAUGUUGGCUUACGGGCGGAGUAGGUGGGCAGUUUCCCAGAAACCUUAAUUGAUCCACUGCUUUCAUCACUAGUCACAUUACUCUUGUCACUUACGUCUUUGGUUAGUAACUAGGACGAGUGGGAGUUUUGUGGACAAAAUAGCCUUGAAAUUCCAACUCAUUCUCGCACUAGAUCUCGUACUCGCAGUCAAAUCCAGAGGUCGAAAACUACUGGGAUUCCAUUACUGGGAUUAACGUGCUUUUAUUUAUGUCCAGGAUUGAACACAGUCGCAAUUUUUUUUUCUCAAUUUUCGCAAAAUAAGAUUUAAAGGAAACUUCUGUCAGAAAUGUAUAAAAUAAUUAGCAAAUAUAGCAAGAAUAACAAAUUCAACAAGGAUUGCAAGCUGUAGCAAACAUUCAGCAAAUGUUUGUCGCAGUUUUAGCAACAGGGUAUUCUUGCUUUUUUUGUGAUAUUUGUUACUAAGUGUUUUUGGAUGACAAGAAAAAUUUUUGUUACUUCUGUGAUUUUUGCGAGGCCCUUCUCUGCCUUUUGCCUUUAUAAGCCUAGGAUUUUGUUCAAUUUGUUAUUCUUGCUAUUUUUGCGAUAUUUGCAAGGUGUCUCACAAAAUUUUCUUGUGAAUCAGUUUUUUUUUAUUUUUGCUAAAAUUGCGAAAACAAAAUUGGCUGAGAGAAUCUGAUAAAAGAUCAAAGAUUUCUCCCUUAGGUGAUUAUUUUUGUAAUUCGCAUAACAUUUUUUUCGUGUGUAUUUGUAUUGAAAGGAGAAAGUUGAUGUUGGUCACUCUUUACAAGGAACUUAUGGAUAAAUAAAUUAAGGAGAAAUUUAAUACGCUGAUAACCGUUCAUGUCUAUAUUUUUCUUUCAGAACGCUUCUUUCAAAAUCAACCACCUUGACUGAAGAUGUUAUGACUUUACAGCAAAAUCUCACUUGUCAGUAGUCCGUGUUUUUCCAAGAAAACCAGUCUUAGGGUUGCAGUGUUUUAAAAAUGAUGUCGGUUCAAACCGAUUAACGUUACAGCUAAAAACAGAGAAAUCAUCUUGGAUAUUCCAGUGUUACUGUUUCAAUAUGUCUUUUGCAGGGCAAAAAAAUUAAAGAGUUAAUCUAUUUUCAAACUUUUCUUUUUUUAUUGACUAGAAAGUAAGUUUAUGAUUAGAUACAUAGGAAAUCAUCUGAAAAAAGGAAGCGUGGCUUUAACAGUCCCUUUUCACAUGACGUCACGGCAGCCAUGUUGGUAUUCCAAAACAAUGCAACCGCGGCCAUUUUGGUGUUCCAAACCAAUCCUAUGGGAGUUGAACUCCUUUCUUAUGUAAACGCUUUCUCUGGCCAUGUGGUUGAAAACGCCCUGUUGGCUCAAAAUGAACCGUGAAAUGCGUUGUUAACGACAAGGGUUAUUAAAAUCUACGUAAUUUGCAACAGCGCGUGACAAAAUCCCAUGCGGAUACUUUCUACUCUGCAGUUCUCCUAGGCCUCCACUGCUUAAAAAUAACAACCGCGCGGGGGAAGAUGAAAAGAGUAAAGCCGGACACAUGCCACAUGCUUCGAUUCACGUAAACCGUAGAUUGCAGUAGCAAUGACCAAUUGCCUGUUUAAAGCCCCCGUCCAGUUUUCUGCCCUUCCGAAGCUCGAAAAAAGAUGCCAUUGGUGCAACUCGUUAAAUGACCUUGUUUAUUUUCCGUUCAAAUAUCUCUCCUUUUCUUAUUGGAGGAAAUCCCCCGGGUAAUUCUUCAGAGCCAGGUAGCGUUGACCAAAUGUGGAUAGUGUUAGCGAUAUCCACUAGUAAAAUUACGUCAAUAGUACAGGAUGUCGCCAGGAAAGGGGACGAGAACCGAUAAACUCUGUCGACACUUAAGGUUGCGUUUGCUCAGUUGUUUCGGUAGAGCUGGAGAAAAUGGCGGAAAAUCUGACAUAUUUUGCGAAGAAGAAAUCGCCCAACUAAUACCUAAAAACACGAACAGCAAAAAUAAAACUUGACGAAUGACAACUGCUGUUUGAAGGAUGCUGGUUCAUGUCCUGGAUUUGCCGUGGAACAGAUAAAUGAAUCGGUCGGGGUAAGCAUGUUUAGAAGACUUAUUUGGAAUAAAUAUAUGAUAAAACAAUUAUUGCGUUCGGCCUUUGUAUGAUCUGAAGAAUUGUGCGGAUCAAAGAUAUUCGGUCUCAGCGGAUCCUCCUCGAUCUUCACGAUUCUUCAGAUCACACUUGGGCCCUGUUUACAUGGAGGUAGGGGACCCCAGAUAGGUGAGGUAAAUUAUGGCGGGUCACCCCACCUAUGAUGUAAACGUGAUGAAAUUAAAAUGAGAGAUUAUAUGGACAAACGGGUUACCCCACCUAAGCUGGUUACCUCACCUACCUGGGGUCCCCCACCUCCAUGUAAACAGGCCCUUAGCUUCCUCCAAUAAUCGGUAAGUAUUAUUAUUGAACCAACAAUCGAAUGAGGUGUAAAUAUUGGCCUAUUUUGGGGUUGCGUGUGACGUGUCGAAUUGCACUGUGGCGUUCUUUUGGGAAAGCAGUGGCUUUUCUCACUCUUGCUAUUACAGUGUUGCGUGGACAGUGGCUCCGAAUUCGUUCCCUAAUACGGUGCCAUUCAAUACAACACCAACAUAGUCUGUAACGCUAUCUCCAAGUGGCCAUCCAGUUACAUAUUACAAGAAAUUUCUCGUCGAGACCAGUUCAAAAAACACCUGGCUAUCAUUGGCGAGAAAAAAGCAGUUGGCACUCUUUUUCAACAUAUGUCAAAAAUACUAAUUAAUGAAUAAUGCACAGUCAGAGCCGGUUGUUUUUAUCUAAGGUAUCCAUUAACAGAACAGCAGUCUACCGGGGUCUAGAUCAUUUUUUAUUUAUUUCACUCUUACUUUAUUACCAUUAGAGUGUGGAAUUUUCAAUAGACCUUGUCACGGUUUUCGACGCCAUCUUGACAAGUGGGCAAACGCGUGGGAAAUUACAGUGUUUGUAUGAGAAUCUAAUGUCGAAUAAUUUCCGUAGAACGGCUGUUCUGAAAAAAUGUGAUUUUUAAACUAAAGCUUCACUCCUAAGGAUUCUCGUGAAAACAUUUGAGGGCCUUACAUGCACUAGAAGACCUAGAACCACUUUUUAAAAUUUUCUAUACAUUUGACUGUAAGAAAGUCCUGGGAAAAUUACAGACAAAUAUAUGGAAAAUCUAUAUCAAGCCUCUGGAGAAAUUCAAGCACAGGUACGCCCCCAACAUUUUUAGGACAAUCCUUUGCUUUGUAGCUUUAGUUUAUAAUUGAUAUUUUUUUUCAGAACAACUGUUUUACGGAAAUUAUUCGACAUUAGAUUCUCAUACGAACACUGUAAUUUCUCACACGUUUGCCUACUCGUCAAGAUGGCGUCGAAAACCGUGACAAGGUCUAUUCGGUGUUAUGGGCACGCUCGCAAUUAAAAUUUCAACUUCAUUGUUUUGCCACAAUGCAAAACAUGAAGUACUUGAAUAUUAAAAAGCUAAUGGCUAGGAAGCCUAAGGGAAACCACCAGGCUUAUAGGUAAAAGGCUCUCACAAUAACUUAACGGAAUAUUAAUAGAAGUAAACAAUUCAGGUCAACAUACAGGGACACCCAACGACUGUUUUAUGUAAAAUAUCUGUUCGGAUGUUGCCUAGAAUUUUCUUGUGCUUGAGCACGGCAAACGUUCCCUUCAUGCACAAUUUUCGAAGCUUAUCUAAUAAAUUCCCUACGAAUUUCUGAAGUUUAAUUUUUCUAUUUUACUACCCAGGUUACACUAUUUUUCAUAGAAAAAGGAAACCUUAAAUUUUCAGAUUCUAAAAUGUGAUGGAGAGAGGGAUCAGAAAAAUUCUCACUUUCGUGAAACGUUAAAUUGCACCUAAAAUUUUCCGGAAAAUAAUACUGAAGCCCUUGUAAAUUUCGAAAAGACUUAGGUUCCCCUAGGAUGACUGAACAGAUUAAAAAUUUUUGUAGCGCCGCUUAGAAUGCAUAAUUAAAGUACUUUUGAUAGCCUCAAUAGUGUUUUUCAACGUAUGUUGGAGGAAACCAUCAUUAGGUGCCCCUGAAUAUAUUAGGUAUAAGUGUUAGGCACAGUUAGGCUAAAAACUAUCCCCUGGCUAAAAAAUUGCUAAGCAAAAAGGGUAAAAAUGAAGAGGAGAGGCAAAGAAAAACUGUUUUUGAUAAAAGGACUGCUUUCAGUUUACAGGAAAAGGGGGCAUACAAAUUGAUUAACGAACACUGUUCAUUCAGAGCUGGCAUUAUUCCACCACGGUAUCUAUUAACCGAAAAGUAGUCUACCUGGGUCUAGAACGUUAUUUACUUAACUCGUACGUUUUUGCAAUCAAUUAAACACUUUUUUCGUUAACAAUUUCCAAUUCGUUGUGGUGGGAACGGGCUGAUUUGUUUCAAGAGCAUUUUUUUUUGCACGUAGUUUCAAAGUUCAAACAUAGAUUGCCGGAGGGUUUUCUUGGCGUCUUUUAUACUUAUAGCAUGAAAAUACAACAUAUAAAUGCCUGAGGGGUUAAUAAAAACGCCAGUCUCAAAUCCGGAGUGAAAAGGAAAAAGAAUUAACGUUAUUUCUAAAUUUGCUAAAAAUGUACCCUAACUAGUUUGACCCUCAGAUAGUUUACAUCAAGCGCUGUUCUUGAAAAUCGAAUACGCGACAACCGGUUAUUAAAUCAUUCCAAUUAUUAAACAAAUGCGGGGGAGCGUUAACUUUGUUUCAUAUAUAUUGUUAAUUGCUCAUAAACGUCAUUUGCAAGACAAAACAGUAUACUGAAGCACAUAUUGCUGUGGCGGAUCGGAAUACGGUCAUCAGUCAGUAGUUUCAACAUGUUUUCUAGGUUCUGUGAGUCUAGACUACAUGAAUUGGAGGAACUUGUUGAACGUCAAGAAAAGUUCAUGAAAAUUUUCUGUGUUUUAAACCUGGUGUUUUCGCUGAUGGCAGUAAUUGGAAAUUUCCUGCUUAUCCGUGCCCUAUGGGAAGCGUCAUCGAUAACCACCAACAUCAAAAAGCUCUUCUUGAGCCUCGCCUUUUCAGAUCUGGCUGUGGGUUUGUUUUCGCAACUCUGCUUUGGUGUUUUAAUCGCGAUAAUGUUGAACUCGACAUCGACGGAGGAAAUUCCAUUCUGCCCAACAGUCUUAAAUGCAAGUUAUUUCUUAAUUUUUUGCUUCCUUUCUGCGUCUUUUCUGAAUAUCACCGCCAUUGCAAUCGAUAGACUUUUGGCUAUUUGGCUUCACCUCAGAUAUCGCGAACUCGUGACUCCCAAGCGUGUUGUUGUAGCACUGGUAUCGAUAUGGUCAACAAGCUGGGUGGGUGCCGUCAUCCUACUUCUUCUCCCUCAGUAUGUUCGUACAGUAUUUGCAGUCGCUAACUUUGCUGGAUUCCUACUAAUGACUGUUGCGUAUGGUCAUCUCUACAAAGCAGUUAGAUAUCACCAGAAUCAAAUUCAAACUCAGCUUCAGCUUCAAAAUUCCCAUGCAGCGGAGCUUCUUCGAGAAAAGAAAGCCUGCUAUAACGCGUUAUUUGUAUAUGCUGUUUUCCUCGCGUGUUUCCUUCCUGUUCUCACAUCCACUACUUUGUUAACAUUCCAGAAUUUGCGAGGGGUUUCGUUUUUGUUAUAUGAUCACGUCGCCGUAUUCUUGGCUCUACUGAAUUCGUCGUUAGAUCCUGUGGUUUAUUACUGGCGAUGUCGAGAAAUUCGAGAAAAUGUGAAAAACACAGUGAAGAAAGUCUUUUUAUUCACGAAAGAGAAACACAAGGUGAACGUCAACAAUAACAUGCAUAUACACCGCAUUUAG